AAAAUAAAUUUCCGAUUUGAAACAUACUAUUUAUUAGGCUAUAAAAGGAACGCAUAUAUAUUGGGUUCAUUUCUAUCACAGCCUCUUUGUCUCUCAGUAGCUGUGCUUACUCUCUGUGCUCCACAGCAUCUCUCCAGUUUUUGAUUCCACCCAACCAGGGUUCAGAGAUACUAAUCUCAGAAGAAAAAGGAGAUCAUGGGUCGUGGAGUUAGCAGUGGUGGGGGCCAAAGUUCAUUGGGCUAUCUUUUUGGAAGUGGAGAGGCUCCAAAACCAGCCACAAACAAUGCUGCUCAAGAUGCUUCAAAGCCUGCCAUGAAUAAUGCUGCUCCAAGUGAAGGGCAGGGUGCAAACAAUGGGUCGGCUUCCAAACCUGUGGCAACUGCUCAAUCAGUAGAUGUGAGCAAGGUUCCUGCUGGCAUCCAUAGCACUUCUACAAACAACUACUUGCGAGCUGAUGGGCAGAACGCUGGCAACUUCAUCACUGAUCGACCAUCGACCAAGGUUCAUGCCGUCCCUGGUGGUGGAUCAUCUCUGGGUUACCUCUUUGGUGAUGAUGGAAAAGGUGGUGGGUCUCGUGGCAAAUGAGAAAUUCCCUUGUUGUCUUGCUAAUCAACGUAUUGUUCGCUGAUUUUUUUGUGGAACCUUUUUGUUUUGGAUGUGGCAUUGCUUUCACCCUUUAUAUGAACAAUGGAUAUUAUCUUGGACGACCUUGUGAUGUAAUAUGUAGGCGUGGUGGUUGCGUUUAUUCAAUCAAAGAGAGUACUCCAUUUUAGAUUGCAUAAAAGCAUCUAUUAUAGAGAGCUCUUUAUUGUGGACAAAAUUAAAAGAUUUCCUUGUGCAUACCAGUUCACAAUUUGUUUAGUAUGCUAAUGCUUGACAACAGUAUAUUCUCUGGUCACUGCCAAUACAAAUUUUACUUUCUUCUUCUUCCA